UCCUGCGAGGCCUCCUUGAGCCGGCCGGCGCAGGCGCAGUGUCCCCGAGCCAAGAUGGCGGCGCGGUGUUCCACACGCUGGUUUCUGGUAGCCGUGGGGAACCCGCGGCUGCUGGCUGCAGCUGGGAGAGGGGCCCGACCGCUGCGGGAGGGUGUGGUGGGGGCGUCGCUGGGUCGCAAGCUGAGCGUCCUCGCCUUCGCGCCUUCCUUGGGCGCUCGCGGCCCCCGGGCGCUGCUGACAUUGAAACCCGGUGUCAGCCUCACAGGAGUAAAAAGUUACCCUUUUGUUUGUACUGCCUACUUCCACACAAACACCCCUUUGGCCAAAGAAGAUUAUUACCAGAUACUAGGAGUGCCCCGCAAUGCCAGUCAGAAAGAGAUCAAGAAAGCUUAUUACCAGCUUGCGAAAAAGUACCACCCAGACACAAAUAAAGAUGAUCCCAAAGCCAAGGAGAAAUUCUCCCAGCUGGCAGAAGCCUAUGAGGUGUUGAGUGACGAGGUGAAGCGGAAGCAGUAUGAUGCCUAUGGCUCUGCUGGCUUUGAUGCUGGGGCCAGCAGCUCCGGGCAGAGCUACUGGAGGGGAGGUCCCUCCGUUGACCCUGAGGAGCUGUUCAGGAAGAUCUUCGGGGAAUUCUCAUCAUCUUCCUUUGGAGAUUUCCAGAGUGUAUUUGAUCAGCCUCAAGAAUACAUCAUGGAGUUAACCUUCAAUCAAGCUGCCAAGGGUGUCAACAAGGAGUUCACUGUGAACAUCAUGGACACCUGUGAGCGCUGCGAUGGAAAAGGGAAUGAGCCCGGCACCAAGGUGCAGCAUUGUCACUACUGCGGCGGCUCUGGCAUGGAAACCAUCAAUACAGGCCCUUUUGUGAUGCGUUCCACCUGUCGGAGAUGCGGUGGCAGGGGCUCCAUCAUCACAACGCCCUGUGUGAUCUGCAGAGGAGCAGGACAAGCCAAGCAGAAAAAGCGAGUAGUGAUCCCUGUGCCUGCAGGAGUCGAGGAUGGCCAAACUGUGAGGAUGCCUGUGGGAAAACGAGAAAUUUUUGUCACAUUCAGGGUGCAGAAGAGCCCUGUGUUCCGGAGGGACGGCGCAGACAUCCACUCCGACCUCUUUAUUUCUAUAGCUCAAGCUAUUCUUGGUGGGACUGCCAGAGCCCAGGGCCUAUAUGAGACAAUCAAUGUGACGAUUCCCCCUGGGAUUCAGACAGACCAGAAGAUUCGCAUGACUGGGAAAGGAAUCCCCCGGAUUAAUAGCUAUGGCUAUGGUGACCACUACAUUCAUGUCAAGAUCCGAGUUCCAAAGAGGCUGACGAGCCGGCAGCAGAGCCUCAUCUUGAGCUAUGCUGAGGACGAGACAGAUGUGGAGGGGACAGUAAAUGGUGUCACCCACACAAGCACUGGUGGCAGGACCAUGGAUAGCUCCGCAGGAAGCAAGGCUAGGAGUGAGGCUGGGGAGGACGAGGGAUUCCUUUCCAAACUUAAGAAAAUGUUUACCUCCUGAUAUCCCAGCUGAGGAAAACGGUCCACUGGAAACUAGGCCAGGAGCAGCAGCCUCUUCUGGUGGCCAAGGCACCUCAGAGAUGGGAGGAUUCCUGAACAGCAGCCCUGAGACCUGGCCUACAGAGCCCUCAGGACUGCCUGGCAACAGCAAAACCAUGUGACAGCACCUCUACAGGAAAGGCCAUGGUGGACAGCCCCUGGACAGUAAAAUGUAGCAUCCAGGGGCUAGUGGAAGUUUCCUGUCCAUGGGUAGGUGAAUUGCCUCUUUUGGCUCAGGCAGGAUAAGGCAGUUGGACUCUUCUUGCAGUACUAAAACUCAAAUCUGGAAUCAAAUGUGGAAAUCGUAGUUAGUUAAAAGAAUUAAAGGCCAUGCUCACAGCUUAAAAAUGAAGCCUUAAACUGUA